GUGCGGGUGUUUUUAUGGCCAUUAUUGUGUACGGUCUACAGUUGCGGAAACCUAAGUCUAGCGUGGAGAUGUCAACACUAUCAUAUCUCUGUCUGUUGAUGUGGAUGCUGUUCAACAGCUGUGUUGCGAGCCCCAAGGAAGUCGCAGUGAUAAGCUUCAAAUGUAAUGGGUAUCUGUGCGAGGAGCUAAACUAUCCACUCGACUCUGAAGUCGCAUAUUUUACAAAAGACAUCACAAAGAAACUAAAUAGCUAUACGACCUUAGUGCUGCGCAAUUCCCAUUUAAAUCAACUGCCUUUGAAUGUGUUUCAAACACUAGACAAGCUGGAACAUUUGGAUGUGCAGAACUGUCAGGUGCAACAUGUGGCAGCCAAGUGCUUUGAGGGUGCUGUCAAGCUCAAGAUAUUGCAACUGUCCGGCAAUUUGAUAUCCAAACUCGAUGCAGCAUCCUUUGCUCUGGCCACAGAACUGGAGGAAUUGAAUUUGGCUGAUAAUCAAUUAGCCGAUUUGCCGGCCAAGACUUUCGCUGGCCUGCACAAACUCAGGCAAGUCUGGCUGCAAGGCAACCGCUUGCAAAAACUGCCAGCUGGUGUUUUUGGUCAACUGUCACAAUUGCAACAACUCAAUCUGGACUACAAUCAGCUAUCCGAACUGCCCGGCGGUCUAUGUGCCGAUCAGGUUCAGCUGCAGCAAUUUUCAGCGAGUGGCAAUAGAUUAAAGCAAAUUGCAGCCAAUGCUUUUCCAUAUGUGCGGCGUCUCACAAUCUCCGACAAUCCACAGUUGCAUCGACUGCAUUUAACUGGCCACAUACGUGAGCUUCAGGCUGACAACUGUCCAUUGCAAAGCCUUCAACUUGAUCAACCCGAACUGUUGGAGCAGCUGCUGCUUAGCAAUUCCCAAUUGCAAAGCUUAGACUUUUUGCGCAAUGCCAGCAGUCUCUUGGAUUUGGAUUUGACGGGCCUGGACCAGCUGCCCGCCUUGCCCAAUCCCUGGCCCGCACAGCAACUGAAACGCCUGAGCAUUUCCUAUGCCAACUUCACAAAUUGGCCCGAUCAAAUGUUGACGCAGCUGCCGGAACUUAAGGUACUGGACAUUUGGCAUAAUCAGCAGCGGGAGAUAUAUAUUAAAGAAGACUUUGGGCAGCUCAAUAGUCACUAUAUAGAUGACACAAAUUCAAUAUGUGCACAACUGGAAAUGUUUGUGGGUGACACAACAUUGCCCAAGCAUGUAACCAUAUUCGACAAUAAAGUUAUUGGUAAUACUGGAGCGUAUUCUAUGGAAUGUCCCGGUGUUGAGUUGGCACAAGCGGAGGAGCUGGUUUGGUUUGAAGAUGAUUUCGAUAGUUUAACAUAGCUUUGACUUGGCCAAU